AUGGAGCCGCUCACUACCCCUAAUCCGGACAAGUUUUCAAAAGCGCUGGGGAUGUCCUUCAAGGGAUCUAACACUAAUGGGAAAAUCUGGAUUUUCGUUGGAGAGGGAAUGGAUUUUAUUGUUGAGGAUGACUCGGAACAGCUGCUUCAUGGGAGAUUUAGUUGUCCGUGGCUUCCUUCUCAUAUUCUGUUGUCGGUGGUUUACGCUAAGUGCUCAAGAGGGGAGCGUGUUGCGCUGUGGGAAAAGAUGAGGGAAAUUACUCAAGUGGUGGAAGGGAUGCCUUGGCUUAUUGGAGGAGACUUCAACACAAUCCUAUCUCUGCGGGAUAGGACGGGGAGCGACACAAAACGCCAGGCGGAAAUGGUUGAUUUUGCUGAAGCCAUUGAGGAUUGUAGAUUACUGGACCGGGGCUAUGACGGAGCAGAGUAUACUUGGGCUAAGAACGGCCUUAUGGAACGAUUGGAUAGGGUGCUGAUUAGUGAAACGACAUCCCAAUUAUUCGAUGCGGUACGAGUCACAAAUCUCCCUCGCAUCGCAUCGGAUCAUGGACCAUUGCUCGUCAGAAGCAGGCUGCCCAGCAACCAUGAGGGCGGUAGAGCCUUCCGGUUUCAAAACAUGUGGGUGCGACAUGGGGGAUUUAAUGAGCUUGUGCGUGAAGAUUGGAUGGCCCCCACGGAUGCCGAGGGCCUCUUCAACUUGAAACUAAAAUUCGCAAGGAUCAAAGGAGCUCUAAAAAGAUGGAACAAAGAGGUCUUCGGGAAUAUCCAUGCCAACCUCAAGAAUUGUGAAGAGAACAUCGCCGAGGCCCAAGCGGACUUUGAAGGGAACGCAUCGGCCAGGAACAGGAUGGAGGUCAACAAACGCAUUGCCGAGUACAUCCUUCUUCUCAAGAUGGAGGAGGACUUUUGGAAACAAAAAGCGGCUCUCCAAUGGCUGGAAGAGGGGGAUAAAAACACCAGGUUCUACCAGAGUUGGGUGAAACAAAAGAGGAUUCGUCUUCGAAUUCAUAAGAUCAUUGACAAUGGGAGGGAACUCACAGAUGAUACGGAUAUCAAGGAAUCGGCGGUCAGCUUCUUCCAAAACCUCCUUGGGCCCGACUAUCCGGAACUAGAUGAGCCGGACCUUAGCCUCUUGCAACGGAUUCCACCCUCGGAGCACUUAGAUGACCUCCCCAAACCGCUUGAUGAUGACGAAGUUAAUUUGCCAUUUUUGAUAUCUCGCCCAAUAGUGCACCCGGGCCGGAUGGUUUCUCGGCCUUAUUCUAUCAAGCUUGCUGGGGCAUCAUCGGACCAGACGUUGUAA